AAGCUUGUUUAUGUUGCCGUGGUAACAAGACUGUCCGUGAAACAUGGCUUCGGAGAGACAGGGGCAUGAAACUAAAUACUCUUUUAAUGUGCUUUCUAAUAAAAGGUUUUCUUUUCUACAUGACAGACAUACUUCCGAACUCUUUAUGAAAUGGUCCAUGUUAGGAAGGAUUACAGCACAAGCCUUCAAUUUCGAUCAGUAUUUCCACCCUUACAAAAAACAUGAUUUUGCAUUAGAUUUCUUCAAAGACCCUUGUGUGAAGUCCAAUUUGAAAGUGUUAGAUGCCUCUGGAUUAUGGAAGGCUUUAGACUCAGAGAUAACCAAAGUAAAUGUGGAGGCUGUUCCAUGCACCAGGACUUCAAUGGAUCUCUUUGAUGCUCUGUAUUCAUGUGGAAUCUUACGUCCUUCAGGCCACAUUGUCAAGUGCUUCCAUGAUUUUUAUGCAGAUUUUGAUGAACUGCGAAACAUGCUGUUAAUUGAAGACUCUGAUAAUUAUGAGAUAAUUUGUCGGGAAGAUCGUGAGGAGUUCCUUUUCCGACUCUUUAAGCAUUUCUGCUUGGGGGGGGAGCUUUGCCAAUAUGAAGAUGUUGUCGAUCCUUACAUAGAGACUACAAAGUCUGUGUACAAGGACCUUAUUAGUGUUCAAAAAGACCCUGAAAUGAAAGAAAUCCUUGUCACCUCUACUGUAUUGAAAGUCUCUGCUUAUGAUGACUCUGGCUUGUGUUAUCCUUCAUGUAAAGAUGAAGAACAGACCUUCGCCUACUUGAUUGUUGACCCUUUCAAGCGCCAUGUAUAUGUCCUGUACCAUUGCUUCGGAGUUGGAUUAUUUUCAGUGCCUGAGAAAGAAGCAAAAUAAAAGGGUUUAAAAGUUCAACAUUAACAUUCUGGUUUGUUUUCUUGAUUACAGUUAUACGGAUAUGCUUUAGACUUCUGUAUUAAUGUCAUUAUUUUACUUCAGUACUGUAGGGGCACAAGAAUAUCCGUAGCUCAAGAGGAUAGGGAUAUUUAAUGUAAAGAAGUUUCUUAACUUUCAAAAAAAGCGCAGCAGUGUACACUAGCUGUUGACACCUGUUGAAUGUGUUUAAGAAAAGUCAAUAUGAAAAUCUAUGUUCACAGAGUUAGUUGAGUAUAGACCUUAACUAAGCUUUUACUGUGUUUAGUCCUCUGGUUCAUUUUGCUUUUGACUGUACGGAAGUCUGUUGGGUCGACUUUGACUAGAAUGUAUCUGUUCACUGUUUCCUAGACUGGAUCAAGAACACCAGUAUCUUCUUGUAACAUGGUGACCAAAGCUGUACUUAAUAUUCUGUGUAUACUGGUUUUACCAAUGCAUCCUUUGAUUAAAAUUACAUAUCACAACAUUUUGUUAUAUAUCUAUAAAGUCAUUUUCAGCUUCUUCAAGCUUAGUGUUUGCCAACUUAUGUUUAUAAUUAAUGUUUCUGCUAUCUCCGUUUAUCCCUCUGCACUUCACUACAUUAAAUGUCAUCAGGUGAUUG